AUGGCUUCGAGAGCUUGGGCGUGGUUUCGCGCCAAUGCAGCACCGCUGGGCGUUGGAACGGGCGUUGUCGGCGUCUUCGCCUGCUAUGCCACGGAGACCCACCGGAUGGCGCGCCAAAUCCGCAGAGGAUGCUUCCAACCAAAGGCUCCUGCGGACUACGACCACCGGUUUUGCCCGUUCGACAGGUACAUGAUGGAGAAAGCUAAGAUGGUCGGCCUUGUUGGGCUGAAAUCCACAGGGAAGUCCAGCACUCUCUCGCACUUCCUGAGAGAGAAGCCAAAUCCCUUCUACCUGGAGCUCACGGAUGGCAACCUCUACGACGCAAUGUAUGACAAGAUGAAACAUUCAGUCCUUCGUCUCCCCUUCUUCGCAGACCAUCUUCGGUGGGAUGCUGGGAAGAACAGCAAGACGAUCGUCAUCGAAGUCUUCGAGUUGGUGCAGGAGCAGACAGGCUCGCCGGUGCAGGUGGGGGUGGAUGUGGUGUUGAACCCCUCGACAUUGCCUGUAGAGGGGGCAGACAAAGCAGUGAAGACUGUGCAGGGUGUGCUGUUGGGAACGGCAAGCUCAGUCCCAUUUUUCAGGUUAAUCAACAUCAUCAAGCUCGUCAAGGAUGUGAAGUGGCUUUGCGCUGAUGCGAGGGUGGCUUCGGCAGUCAUAGCAUCCAGCGAGGGCUUGGAGCUUCUGAGUGUGAAUGAGCCAAGGCUUGUGAAGCUGAUGGCAAAGGAAAUGCCACUCGAAAAAGCCAAGGAGUACCUCCAGCACAUCCAUGCCAAGGGCUACACGGAAGAGAUGCUCAAGAACAUCCCACGAACCUUCGAGAGCCUUCAACAGUUCAAGAUAGCAGAGGACAAGGAGGACUUUUGCCAGAAGGAGAUGGAGGUGUGGAUAAAGAGAGUAGAGGAAUCUCAAGGGCAUUGCUCCAACGAAGGCAAGGAUGGAGGCCUCACGGCCGCGAAAGCUCUCUACAGCAAAGCGCUUGGCGGAGCAGUCAACUACAGAGACAUUUGCCAGCACUGCAAAGAUGAGCCGAACUUCACAGCGAAUUUCGUGAGACCCAACCUUUUUACCCCCACAGCAGGUGCGAAGUACAAGUUCCAAUUCGAUUGUGUAGCCGAGGCAGCAAAGAUUGUGUUCGGCCCGUGA